ACUCCCCUCGAGAAUACGAGUCCGACCGACUUUGGAUCCUGGGCCACCGGGGCCAUACCCACGCGCCCUCUCUCUCGGGUUGAGAGACCUCUCGACACCGACGAUCCGCGACUCUCCUCCCUCCGAUAGACAUGUCCCCCCUAUCGAGCGACUCGCGACGAUAGUAUGAGGGCAGUCCUUCCUGGCCAGCCCGAAGCCAGUCUUCAAGCUGUGUCUACGGGUUAUUGGAAUAGCAAGCGUGUCGUCGUUUAUAUCACCGGCAACGCUCUCGCCAUCCUCUCCGGCCCCGAAACCGUCCUCCAGACGAUAUAUGACAAUGACGAGCGGAAGCUCGAGGCCGUCGCCUUCGACGAGGUCUCGGGCAAGAUAGCUGCGUCUACCGGUGCGACCGUGAGAAUCUACCGGCCUCUGAGUUACGGUGACGAUGACUCGCCUAAGUGGGCUUUACAAACAUUUUUCGAAGUUGGCCAAGGCUCAACACCCGCCACGCUGUCCUGGGGAAACGUCGAGGAGCUCCUCGUCGGCCGAUCCGCCCUCUGCCUCUAUGACACCGCCUCGACGCCCGCCUUUUGUCGCUGGCACCAAGAAUUGGCCAGCCCCGCGAAAGCGGCGAGUCUCUCAUACGACUCGUCGUGUAUUGCUUCGGUCGGAUACCACGAUCGUCUAGUCAAGGUGUGGCGGCGGCUGAAUUUUGGCUCCGAGGAAGCGCAUUUCGAAUUAUGUUACCUACCACACCCGAGAGCGGUUACGAGUAUACAAUGGCGGCGGCCACUGCAUGUCGGCCAGACGAUCGAAAAUGUCCUCUACACGUUUUGCGUCGACAAUUUCAUGCGCGUAUGGACCGGCGCUGAUAGUUUCGGCUGCCAGGCAUUGCGCCAAUGGGGCAAGCUCAACCUGACGACGGCGAUACGAGACGAGCCGGGCGCGCCUACAUACAAGUCGAGGUGGGCGCUCAUCAUCGGCCAGCGAGAUCUCGCUUGCGCUACCGAGAGGGCGGUUCAAGAAAGGGGGGAUGAUCAAGAAAAGGACGACGUCGCUCUCCAGUACCUGCUCUCCAUCGCGAACAGGGACACGGAAAUCUGCGUCGUCUUUGACGGGCACGGAAGCAUGUCGUCCUGGGCUUUAGAGAACGUGAGCAGCAAGUCCAGGGGGGCCGGGAACGUGGAUAACAUUGCCGAUGUCAAGUCGAAAGACUUCGAUUUUCUGGGGUCGACGACGAGCGAACCGCAUGUCGAGAUCCUCACGUAUUGCAAUAAACAUGCGGGAAACCUACACAUGCUGUUCCAUCACUUCGAUGGAAAAGUGCUGGUGUUCGAGAGCAGCAUCGCCGAUUUCCUCGACCCGACCCCCGGCGCGAAGCACCGUCUAAUUCCCCGCGCCACUUGGUCCGGACACUCCGCCUCGAUCAAGAAGAUUGUGCGGAACUUCAGCGGGCGCGCGAUCGUAUCGAGGACGGAACAGGGAGAAGGCAUCGUCUGGCGACACACCGCAGGUUCCCGAAUGAAGCUGUUGCGCCACAACGUCAUUCCGGAGAAGCGGCAUAUACAUCGAAUAUGUCUGAUUAGGGGCGGCAGGUUUGUUGUCUUCCUGCAUCACGAUAGCAUCUCGGUGUGGGACUGCACCUCGACAACUCAUAGGUUGCUCGCCGAUUGUGAGUUCAGCAUCCGUGGCAAGCCUCUGUGUAUCCUCGUUCUCCCUCGCGAGAGAGUAGACGAGAUCUCCAUUGCGCAUCUCGCAACCGUCACUUCGGAAGGACAAGGAAUAGUCUGGGAGCUUCAUCUACCGCUGCAUAACGACAAUGCUCCCAACGCCCCAGCUAAUAGCAACGGGAAACACCUCUGGGAGUUCUGCAGGUUCCAGUUGGAUGACGCCGGGGACCUCGCCUACGUUCUGCCCGUGGACCCGGCCGGCGCCUCGCCCGUAAUAUCCGGCUUCCUCGACGUAUUUGCUCGCGACGUUGCGGUCUCGUAUACGCACGAGGGCCGCGUGGAGUUUUGGACCGCUAGAGUUUCUCGAGGGCGAAACCAAGUCGAGUGGCUGUCGACAUCUUCGAUGGAGACAGGCGUGUCGGAACCCGCUUUGGUUAGCGGGAGUACGAUGAAGAUAGCCGCCCUCGUGAACAGCGAUCGCUCUGAAUUAACCAUCUGGGAUAUCCGAGGGGCCCGUCUGGAGUACAAGCAAGACUUCGAGAGCCUUAACACGGUGCAGGAUCUCGACUGGACAUCCACCCCAGACUCGCAGUCCAUGCUUGCCGUCGGCUUCCCAUAUCGCAUCAUUCUCCUCUCGCAACUGCGCUUCGACUACUUAAACAAGGGCCCAGCUUGGGCGCUGAUUCGCGAGAUUAACACCCGGGAUUUUACGCCGCACCCCAUCGGAGACUCCACCUGGCUUAGCGACGGCCAUCUAGUCGUCGGUGCUGGUCACCAGCUCUUCUUAUACGAUAGGACGUUCGAAACGACCGACCGGCUCAUCCUGAACGCGCGCGUACCUCACCGUAGGGAUGGGAUCCGAGACUUAUUCGACGUCACCCAAAGACUGAACGGCCCCUUGCCAGUCUUCCACCCUCAGUUCCUGAGCCAGUGCAUAGUGGCGGGGAAGCACGCCGUCGUUCGUCGUAUACUGCUAGCUUUGAACCACACACUAAAGUACCACGUAAGGGGAGAAGCCAUCGACGAUUAUUUAGGCCUCGAUCUCGCGGAACUCUACAUGAGCAAAACGGAAACCAUGUCAAAUAAUGGCCACUCGUCGUUUUUCGUAUCCCAAGCAACGUUCGAUGACAACGACGAAGCUUUCACGGAAGACGUGGCAUUGUCUAUAUGCGAGAAGCUUCAGAAAGUAACGGUGCCCCAGCUUUCCGGCCAUGAACAGAUCCAAUUGCUCGAUAUCGUCGAAUGCGCAGGGAUUGUAGAGGAGCAGCGUCGCUCGAUGGACGAGAAUGGCGCCAGAUUCAUGUUGUUCUUCCGACAGCACGCGCUGAGAAAGGGGAGAACUAACGAAAUACACAUGUCGUGGAGGGAAAUCAACUGGGCGUACCAUUCCAUCAGCCAGGAUAUACUCGUCGAUUUCGUAUCUCGUCAGUGCCACAACACAAUUCUCUGGGAGGACGCAAGGGAGAGCGGGAUGUUCAUGUGGCUCACGGACGAAGCAGCCGUGAAAGCACAGUUCGAGAUCGUGGCUCGUAACGAGUACACGAAGAACGAUGUGAAAAACCCCGUGGACUGCAGCCUCUUCUACCUCGCCCUGAAGAGGAAGGCCGUCCUUCAAGGGCUGUGGCGUAUGGCAACUUGGAAUAAAGAGCAGGGGGCAACCCAGAGGCUCCUGGCCAACAACUUUGAAGACCCCAAAUGGAAAACGACCGCGCUGAAAAAUGCGUAUGCUCUGCUCAGCAAGCGUCGUUUCGCGUACGCCGCCGCCUUCUUCCUUCUGGCCGGCCACUUGCAGGACGCGGUGAACGUGUGUCUGAACCAGAUCAAAGACCUCCAACUCGCUAUCGCUAUUACGAGGGUGUAUGAAGGAGACAGCGGUCCAACGCUGAGAAGGUUGCUCGAGAACGAGGUGCUUGAUCUCGCGGCUCAGGAAGGUAACCGUUGGCUUGCUUCGUGGGCGUUCUGGAUGCUAGGGCGUCGGGAUAUCGCAGUUCGCGCUCUGGUGACACCGGUGUAUACAUUUCUGGAGACCCCCCCCUCCGCUGGCCUGGACGCGAAGUCGUUUCUAACGGACGACCCGGCGCUCAUCGUGCUGUACUCCCAGCUCCGACAGAAGACUCUGCAGACGCUCCACGGGGCAUCGAAGGUGACGCCUAGGACGGAGUGGGAAUUCGUACUGCACAACGCGAGGCUGUACGACCGCAUGGGCUGCGAUCUCCUCGGCCUCGACCUAGUUCGCAACUGGGAGUUCCUCCGCCACGCCCCGCCGGCGGCUCUGAACAUCGACGGGGACAUCGACCCCAGAAAGCUGCUCCGGCGCCGCGGCUCGAUCGUCGUGCAGGACAUGCCCAUGAGUUCGCUGGUUCCCGGCGACAUGAAGACGGGCGGCCACGGCGCCAUCAAGCCGCCGCCGAGCGUUUUCGUCGAGCCGGACGCCGAUUCGCUGCUAGACAGCUUCGGUUUCUAAGCUGGUCUGUCACUGCAGCCGGGGGCGGCUUGGGGCGCAGAGAGCAUCGCGGGAACCUGCCCGGCUCGGACACGGACGUCGCGCGGGUAUUUGGGAGGCAAGCGGCGCCUUUGUAUCUGCUCGGGGGAGAGAGGGGUUGGUUGGUUGCACAUGGAUGGAGAGAAUGUGGGUGUACUAGUAAAAGGGGGCCGCGGGAUAUAUUCUGGCAGCGCAUCCGAUGUAUAUUGAUCGUAGUUUGUAACGACCGUGGUUCCUACGACUCACAGUACGCGCGGGGGGAGGGGGACGAAGGAGGGAGGAGAGCAGUGGAAGAUAAAUAAACGCCGUGCGGUUGGAUACCGUCAGGGUAUCGGUACAGCCUGCGCUAGCAGAUAUUCGGC